AUGGCCACUUCUACAGAUUCCAAAAACGUCAACGACAACGGGAAAGGUGUCAACGUAGGCUCUGUUGACGGCGGAGCCUAUCCAUCUCGGCCCAUGCAUCGAGCGAGCAUUUCCAAGGAAGUGAGGGCCGCAGAAUCCAAUACAACCGACGUGGAGUCGGCAUCUGUUCCCAUGGAGCUUGACGUUGACGAGAGAGACUUUCGCAAAAAACAGGUUUUCAAAGGCUGGGCUCUGGCAUGGCUUGCUUAUCAGUCUCUCGGUGUUAUCUAUGGUGACAUAGGCACGAGCCCUCUUUACGUCUAUUCCUCGACCUUCACCAGCGAGCCAAGCAAGGAAGACAUUCUUGGCGCCGUCUCGCUAGUCAUCUGGGCCCUGACGAUCAUGGUCACUAUCAAAUACGUUUGCAUUGUGCUCAAUGCGGAUGACGAAGGCGAGGGAGGAACAUUUGCCAUCUACUCUCUUCUGUCUCGAUACGCUCGACUGGUGCGAUUUGAUCCACGGCACACAAACUUGGUACCGAUGCAACGGUUCAAUACAGAUGAUCUACAAAAGCCCAAUUUGAUGACACGAAAUUUCCUGGAGCGGAGCGCAUUCAUGAAAUGGCUGUUGAAAAUUGUAGGAGCUUUUGGAGUAUCAUUGCUUCUUGCUGAUGGUGUUCUCACUCCCGCCCAGUCUAUUCUCGGUGCUAUCCAAGGCAUUACUGUUGUGAAUCCUGAAAUUUCUUCCUCCACUGUUGUUGGCGUCUCCUGUGCAAUCCUCGUUGUCGUCUUCCUCAUCCAACCUUUCGGAACCAGCAAAAUUGCGAGCACGUUUGCCCCUAUAGUGAUUAUAUGGAUGCUGUUCAAUUUGACAUUCGGAAUCUACAAUCUAAUCAUGUAUGAUUCCUCAAUCCUGAAAGCUUUCUCUCCAUACUUUGCAGGGUCUUUCCUGGUGCGGAACAAAACGCAGGGCUGGUUACAGCUUGGUGGUAUCUUGCUUGCGUUCACCGGAGUCGAAACUCUCUUUGCGGAUCUGGGAGCAUUCAGCCAAAGGCGAGUAUCCCAGCGGUUCGCAUUUCCUGGAUUUUCUUUGUUUAUCCGUGCCUUCUCAUAUCGCGCAUAUGCUAAUCCCUUCUUCCUCACGGUUCCUCCCGGAAUGCUUUACCCAAGCCUUGUCAUGGCUGUUUUGGCCUGCAUUGUGGCCAGCCAAGCCGUGAUCACCGGUGCCUUCCAGUUACUGGCACAAAUCAUGAAAUUGUCAUACUUUCCCCAAGUCAAAGUUUAUCACACAUCAAACACCUUUCAUGGACAGGUGUACAUACCUUUUGCCAAUUGGCUGAUGAUGAUUGGGACGAUCGUCGUAACAGCUGUCUACAACAAUACCACCGCCCUUGGCGAAGCAUACGGCGCUUGCGUGAUUCUCGUCUCCUUCCUGACUACCUCCAUGGUAGCGGUAGUAGCCCUGAUUGUUUGGAGACUCCCCAUUUAUCUCGUUCUUCCUGUAUUCAUCAUCUUCGCCCUCUGGGAUGGAAUUUUCUUGUCCACCGCUCUGAGCAAAGUACCACACGGCGCAUGGUUUACUCUAAUGCUAGCCGUGAUCAUAACAUGCGUCUUCACUCUCUGGCGCUAUGGAAAGGAAGAGCAAUGGACAGCCGAGGAAUCCGAUAAUGCCCCUCUAUCACAGACCACCGCAUUUAAGAAUAACCAGUUGAGCUUACACCCAUCGUUUGGAGGCUCCUCUAUCACUCCAAUCACUGGACUUGGGAUAUUCUUCGACAAGUCAGGCAGCACAGUCCAAACACCAGUGGUCUUCCUGCAUUUCCUCCAGAAAUUCAGCGCCAUGCCCGAAGUAUCCGUCUUUCUGCACCUCCGACCGCUAUCGGUCCCUUCGGUUGCUCCCAGCGAGCGAUACACUGUGACCCGGUGCUAUACCUACGGGACCGGGCCCGACAAACAACCUAUUCCCAACUGUUAUCGCUUAAUGGUGCGACACGGAUACACCGACGAGAUCAUCACACCCGAUUUGGCUAUCUUGGUUCUCGAUCUGAUUCGCGCUUAUGUCGAUGAAACAAGUCGUUUUGAUCCUGCAAAAGACGAGUCUGAUGAAAUGGGUGCAUUGUUGCGUGCUUGGAAGUCUCAGAUCAUAUACAUUGUCGGCAAGGAGCAGCUAAAAAUCGCAGCGAGCAGCAAUAUUUUUCGUCGGAUGGUGCUUUGGGUGUUCCUGUGGAUGCGGGAGUCUAGCCGAACUAAGAUUCAGCAAAUGAAAGUGGAGAGUGAUAGACUUGUAGAAGUGGGAUUUGUGAAGGAGAUGUGA